CACUCUAGAUAAACAUACGUAAGCAUAGUUUCGUUGUAUAUUUUAACGCGUCGAUAUUCUUGGCACGAUUAAGCGUGAGAAACAAAUAAGCGACUACGACGCUUUCAACUUUGUAAUAUUAUUUUCGUUUUCGAAAGAAAAAAUGAGUAAGGUGGCUAACGAUUCUCAAAUACGCUCUUCCAAAAAGAUUCUUAUUGACGACAAGAGGGAAGAAGAUGAUGAAGAUGAGGAGGAGGAGGAGGAGAAGGAGGAGGAGGAGGAGGACGACGAGGAAUCUGAGACAGAGGAAAUGUCAUUGAAAGAGAAAAUUCCUUGCACUCACGAGGUAACAAUGACACAUGGUACGAAGGCAGUAAUUGCUAUUGCUGCAGAUCCAUCUGGAGCACGUCUUGCAUCAGGAUCGAUCGAUUACGAUGUCUGUUUUUGGGAUUUCGCCGGUAUGGAUUCAUCGAUGCGAAGUUUCAGAACUUUGCAACCUUGUGAAAAUCAUCCAAUAAAAUGUUUACAAUACUCUACGACCGGAGAUGUAAUACUGGUUAUAUCAGGAGCGGCACAAGCUAAGGUAUUGGAUAGGGAUGGGUUUGAAAAAUGCGAAACCGUGAAAGGCGAUCAAUACAUAACGGACAUGGCACGUACAAAGGGUCACACAGCAGGUCUUAAUUGUGGAUGUUGGCAUCCAUUUACCAAAGAGGAAUAUUUAACCUGUUCGCAAGAUAGCACCUGUAGAAUUUGGCUGUUACAUAGGCCACGUGGUCAUAAGAACGUUAUAAAAUGUAGAGCACAAAAUGGUGUAAAGACUAUUCCAACUACGUGUAGUUAUAGCCGAGAGGGAACCGUCGUAGCAUGCGGAUGUAUAGACGGUUCUAUACAAAUGUGGGAUCAUAGAAAAAAUUUUGUGAAUCCGUCCUUGACUUUAAGAAACGCCCAUGGCUCGAAUAAUGAAAUAUCAAGCUUGUGUUUUUCUUACCUUGGACAAACUUUGGCAACGAGAAGUUGCGACGAUACAUUGAAAUUAUGGGACUUAAGAUCAUUCAAAGUUCCAAUAUUUGAAGUAAAAGAUUUAUUUUCAAGAUAUGAAACAACGGAUUGUAUGUUCAGUCCGGACGAUUCUAUGAUAGUUACUGGUGAAUCUUUAAAAAAGGGUCAAGACAUGGGUAAAAUAUUAUUUUACGAUACUAAAACGUUUGACCGCAUAAAUGAAAUACCAGUAACCAAUUCGCACGUUAUUAAAACUUUAUGGCAUCCAAAAUUAAAUCAAUUAUUUGUUGGCUGUGGAAAUGGUAUUGUUAAAGUAUAUUACGAUAUCAACAGGAGUAUGAGAGGUGCCAAAUUAUGCGUCGUCAAAUCUCAUUUCAAACACAAGCACAUGGAAGUAAUGUCUACUCAACAAAUUAUAACCCCACACGCUCUACCGUUAUUUAGACAAGAUAGGCCUAAAUCUGUUAGAAAGCAAAUGGAAAAAGAUCGUCUCGAUCCUGUGAAAUCGCGACGUCCAGACUUACCGAUUACUUCCGGUCAAGGUGGAAGAGUAGCGUCGUCCGGUGGAACAUUAAGUUCUUAUGUUAUUCGUAAUCUUGGACUCAGUAAAAGAAUAGAGGAUGAUCAGGAUCCUAGAGAGGCAAUUUUGAAAUAUGCGAAAGAAGCAGAGGAAAAUCCAUACUGGAUAGCACCUGCGUAUAAGAAGACACAACCAAAAACUAUUUUUCAAACUGACGAACAAGAUAGCGGCCCGAGUACCAAGAAACAGAAGACAUAAAUAGAUUUUAAUUGGAAAAAAAUAAUAUCUUGUAAAUAAGUAUAAAAAGAUGAUAAUAAUAAUAAUAAUAAUAAUAAU